AUGGCUAUUUCAACUGAAGAGGAAGUUGCCUCUACUAAUGAACAGUGGAAGAUGAAUUUCGAUGGUGCCUUGAACGCCUUGGGGCACGGAAUUGGGGUAAUUUUGGUCUCACAUAGUGGAAAGAACUAUCCUUUUACCAACCGAUUGAAAUUUGAUUGUACGAAUAACAUGGCCGAGUAUGAAGCAUGCAUCUUGGGUCUUAGAGAUGCCAUUGAGUGUAAAGUGGAAAAACUCAAAGUAUACAGGGAUUCAGCCCUGGUAAUUUAUCAACUCAGAGAAUUUGAGAAUGUGACAUUCCAUUACCUCCCUAGAGAAGAUAAUCAAAUGGCGGAUGCCCUGGCCACUUUGGUAGCAGCCUUCAAAGUCAAUGAACAUUCAAGCAUGAUUCCUAUUACAAUGCAAGCUUAUGGGUAUCCAGCCCAUUGCUAUAGCAUAGAAGAGGAAGAGGAUUUAAAUCCCUGGUAUUACGACAUCUUGCAAUAA